AUGUCAAAUAUGGAUAGUAGUAAUCAAGAAAAUGAUAAAUGGUCUGAACAAGGAUCUAAAAGGUACAAAGAAGACGAUAAAAAUCAAUAUAAUGAGUAUAGCGAUAGUUCUAGUACAGGAAAGCAGCAUUUCGCACCUCAAAUUUCUCACUCAAACAGGCAACCGGAUCAUGAAUUGUCUUUUAAUAAAGAAUCUUAUCAACAGCAGAAGCCUUCGGUACCAGAAGAUGCAGAAGUUUGUGAUGCUAUGGUUUUUUUAAAUAGAAUUAAGGAUGAGUAUUCUGAGGAUAUGGUAACAUAUGAUAAUUUUUUAGAAACUAUGCGAGAUUAUAAAUUUGGUAAAAUUGAUGCAGAUGAGGUUUGUAAAGGAGUAAAGAUACUUUUUAAGGAUAAACCGUAUCUUAUAGAUAUUUUUAAUGAAUAUUUACCUAGUCAUUUAAAGUUUUACUCUGACGGACGACACACAGAUAAUUUACAAAGAAAUUAUGAUGUCAGGCCUCCUAUGGCACAACAUCCGCAUUUUAGAAGACCGAUGUUUAAUCCAAAGAUGAUGCAUCCGAAUAUGAAACCAAAUGCAAAUAUGCGACCUUUAAUUCCUAAAAUGGGGCCACCACCACAUUUACAGCCUCCACAUAUGAACGGGUUACUGAAUGGUAUGGUACCUACAUUUGUACCACAUUUAAAUCCAAAUAAUAUACGCCUUCCACCAUCCGGUAAGUUGUAUCCUGGAUUUUAUGGUUCAGGUCAUCCACAGAAAGUUGAAGAAGAGAGUUCUAAAAAAAAACAAGCUAAUGAUUUUAUUCAAAGGGUCAAAAAAAGGUAUUCCCAUCAGCCGAAUAUUUAUAAAUCUUUUGUUGAUAUUUUACAAAAAUUUUCAUCUGAUUCAAAUGUGUCUUCUAUAAGAUCUGAAAUUUCGACACUAUUGUGGGAACAUCCAGAUUUAAUUGAAGAUUUUGAAAAAGAUUUUAUACCUGCAGAUAAAAUUAAAGAAGAAGAUGAUUCUGCCGUACUAAAAGGUAUUUUAAAAACUAUGGAAGAUAAAAAUAUAUCUGACGAAUUUUUAAGAUGCUUAAAUUACUUUAAUCAAAAUUUUAUAACAAAAAAAGAACUUUUAUUGCUUGUUAUUCCAAUUCUAAAAGAUGAAACACAAAUCGAUAUUUUUAAAAAUUUUAUUAAUUUUAAAGACAAGAUAUUUACAUCCGGUAAAAGAUUAGAUAAAUGCAAAAAAAUUGGAUCUUAUAGAAUUUUAAGUAGAGAGAUACAAAAUCCGAAUCAAGAUGCAAUUGCCAAGGAAGUUUUAAAUACAACAUGUGUCUCUUGUCCAACUUUUGAAUCAGAAGAUGCCAAUUUUGUAUUUCUUAAAAGAAAUAUGUAUGAGGAUUGCAUUUUUAGAGUGGAAGAUGAUAGAUCAGAAACUAGUCUUAUUAUUGAAAGAUUGGACUUUUUUAUAACUUCUUUAGAAUUAGUUUAUUCUAAUUUGCAAGAAGGUGAACUAUCUAUAAAAGAUUUGGGAAUGUCCCCUGGAAUAAUAAAAGAAGUUCUUAAAACUAUCUAUGAAGAUUCUGCAACAGAAGUAUUGGAAGGUAUUCUUAGUUUACCAAAAACAGCUAUUCCUGUUGUAAUUAAAAGAUUGUAUUCAGUUAAUAAAGAAGUUAGAGAAAAAAUGAGACAAAAAAAUAAAGUGUGGAAUGAGCAAGUCGAAAGAUCUUUUUAUAAAGCAUUAGAUACAAAUGGAUUAUUUUACAAAAAUCAAGAAAAAAACAAUUUUAGUACUAAGGCUUUGCUGCAGGAAGCUGAGGAAGGUAUCAAGAUUGACUUUUCAGAUUUACAGCUUGUCGACGACAUUGCUAAAAUUUUUAAAAUAUUCAUAAAAAUAAGUCAGACGGAUAACAAAAAGGCCGCAAUUCCUAAUUUAUAUCCUACCGUAGAUACGAUUUUUGGACUAGUAUCUCAAGAAUGUAGUUUUAUAGGAGAUUUCAAUAUAUUUUGUGUUUACAGAUUUAUAUUUUAUGCAUAUGAAAAACUUAAAGAAAUUAAGAAUAUGGACUUAAAGCCUAUUUGUUCUUCAAAAUUAGCAGUUAAAAUGAAUAUUAUACCUGAAUAUGACGUAGAAGAUCGAUUUUUAGAGAUUUUAAAUCUCAUCAAAAGUUUUUGUGAAAAAUCUAUUGAUUCACUUGAUUAUGAAGAAACAGUCAGGAUAUUAACAAAUUGUAGAGGAUUUACGAUAUACAAUAUUAAAAAAAUAUUUUUAAAAAUUGAAAAGUCUAUCAUUGCGGUUAUAGAAAAUGAAGAUUCACUAAAUGCCUUGCUUAAUAAAACUGUUUAUAAUGGAGAAGAAGCUAAAAUGUUAAUUAGCUUUGAAAACAAUAUCUUUAGUGCAAGCUUUAUUCAAGAUGCUACUGAAAAGUAUGAGGUCGAAGAAACUAAUAUAAAAAAUACUCAAGAGUUAUAA